AUGGUCGCGGUGCAUACCUCUGGCCAGCCGGCUGCGUCAACCGAAUGGAUAAUAUGUCUGGACAAGAGGCCGUCGGAACGCUCUGGUGAGGAUGUGGACAUCAUCCUGGCGCGUCUGAAGGGGGUGAAGGCCUUCGAGAAGUUCCACCCCAACCUCCUGCAGCAGAUCUGCCUCUGCGGCUUCUACGAGUACCUGGAGAAAGGCAUCACCCUGUACCGCCAGGGCGACAUUGGAACCAGCUGGUAUGCUGUCCUCUCUGGCUCUCUGGACGUCAAGGUGUCCGAGACGGCAAAUCACCAGGAUGCGGUGACUAUCUGCAGCAUGGGGAUGGGGACAGCGUUUGGAGAGUCCAUCCUGGACAACACCCCUCGCCAUGCCACCAUCGUCAGCCGAGAGAACAGCGAGCUGUUGCGCAUUGAGCAACGCGAGUUUAAGACACUCUGGGAGAAAUAUCGCCAUUGCAUGGCGGGACUGCUGGCACCUCCGUAUGGUGUGAUGGAUAGUGGCGCCAACACUGACAGAGUGCCAGACAAGGACAACCUCAACAAUGAUCCUCUUAACUUCAUCAACAAGAACCUCAGCAAGGUGCCGUCAGAGAAGAUGUUGCGAGGGGGUAAAGUGUGCCGUGCGGCCAUCUUGGCCCGAGCUCCUCACAUGAUCAGAGACAGGAAGUACCACCUCAAGACCUACAGGCAGUGCUGUGUUGGGACAGAGCUGGUGGACUGGAUGCUGCAGCAGAGUGCUUGUGUCCACAGCAGAGCUCACGCCGUGGGCAUGUGGCAAGCACUACUGGAGGAAGGGGUACUGAACCACGUGGACCAGGAGCUGAGCUUCCAGGACAAGUACCUCUUCUACCGUUUCCUUGACGACGAGGAUGAGGAUGCGGUGUUGCCGGGCGAGGAUGAGAAGCGCGAGGCAGAGGAAGAGCUGCAGGAGACCCUCCUCUUCCUCUCCCAGAUCGGGCCCGACGCACACCUGCGCAUGAUCCUACGCAAGCCGCCUGGACAGAGAACUGGGGAGGAUCUGGAGAUCAUUUAUGAUGAGCUGCUUCAGAUCAAAGCCCUCUCCCAUCUCUCCAACACCGUCAAGAGGGAGCUGUCGGGUGUCGUCAUCUUUGAGUCCCAUGCCAAAGCGGGCACCGUGUUGUUCAAUCAGGGAGAGGAGGGCACAUCCUGGUACAUCAUCCAGAAGGGCUCCGUCAACGUGGUCAUCUAUGGCAAGGGUGUGGUGUGUACGCUGCAUGAGGGAGAUGACUUUGGGAAGUUGGCGCUGGUGAACGACGCCCCGAGAGCGGCCUCCAUCGUGCUGCGGGAAGACAACUGCCACUUCCUACGCGUGGACAAGGAGGACUUCAACCGCAUACUCAGAGACGUGGAGGCUAACACCGUGCGUCUUAAGGAGCAUGAGCAGGAUGUCCUGGUACUACAGAAGAGUCUUCGAUCCUCAGGCCACGCAAACAUCCCCGCACACUUCAAGUACACAGUGAUGUCCGGAACUGCAGAGAAAAUUCUAGAACAUCUACUAGAGACCAUGCGGCUCGACCUGCACUACACAGAUCCAGAUCCUGCUCUGGAUGACUUUGUGUUGAUGCACGGAAUCUUCAUGCCCAUCAGCCAACUAUGUCCGGCUCUCAUCGCCCACUACCACUCCCAGUCCCAGUCGUCGCAGGGCUCUGAGCAGGAGCGCGUGGACUACACGGUGGCCAGCAAGAGGAGGGUGCUGAGCCUGGCCCUGCGCUGGACCAACAUGCUGGCACACAACCUGCUGGAGGAGGACACGGCUCUCAGCUUCCUGGAGGAACUCUUCGGGUUUACUGCAAAUGACGUCCGGGUUCUACGGCCACUUAAGGACCUGCACACUGACCUGGAGAAGAUUGUUAAAAGCUACACGGACGAUGCCAGGUCUUCCCAGAAAAAGCAUAAAGUUCUACUACGCCAGUUCAGCUCCAACGAGGAAAGGCUGUCAAAGCGACAACCAAUCAGGUGCUUCGAUGACAUCUUGUUAAAGGUGUACUGCAGGGAUCAUACCUAUACUACUAUCCGCGUGCCUGUGCUGGCGUCCGGUCGGGAGGUGACCACUGCGGUGACCGAUAAGCUGGCCUCCACUGAAGAACUGGUACUCAUCAGCCUGAGCUCCUCUGGAGAGAAGCUGAUUCUGAAGCCUAGUGAGGUGUCUGUCUUCCAGGCCCUGGGGGUCAAUGGCCGUCUGUUCGUCUGUCCACGAGACCAGCUGGACGCUCUGGCUCCUCUGCCGGAGCAGGAGGGCCCCUCCUCAGGCUCCAUGUCCAGCUUUGAGCUGAUGAGCUCCAAGGACCUGGCCUUCCACAUGACCCUCUACGACUGGGAGCUCUUCAGCUGCGUGCACGAGCAAGAGUUUGUGUACCACACGUUUGGGCGGCAGGCGUACCGGCGCAGCACGGCCAACUUGGACCUGUUCCUGCGACGUUUCAACCAGCUGCAGUACUGGGUGGUGACAGAGGUGGCGCUGUGCCCUCAGCUCAGCAAACGAGUUCAGCUCCUCAAGAAGUUCAUCAAGAUUGCAGCACAUUGCCGAGAAUUCAGGAAUCUCAACUCCUUCUUUGCCAUCAUCAUGGGGAUGAGCAACCCUGCUGUCAGCAGACUCACACAGACCUGGGAGAAACUACCAAGCAAGUUCAAGAAGUUCUAUGCUGAGUUUGAGAGUUUAUUGGAUCCGUCCAGGAACCACCGGUCGUACCGCCUCACAGUGGCCAAGAUGGAGCCGCCAAUCAUCCCCUUCACCCCCCUUCUCCUCAAAGAUAUGACCUUCACCCAUGAGGGCAACAAGACGUUCAUCGACAACAUGGUGAACUUUGAGAAGAUGAGACUCAUUGCAAACACCAUUAGAACCGUGCGACACUGCAGAAGUCAACCCUUCAACCCAGAGGCUUCGCCAGCCAGCAAGAACCCUCAGGAGGUCCGGAACUAUGUGCGUUCCAUCACCGUGAUUGACAACCAGAGGACCCUAUCACAGCUCUCCCUCAAAAUUGAGCCUAGGAAGGCUUAAACAUAUACCUGAGAUCUACAUGC